AUGUUAUUAUCCCAAUGGCUUUUAACCACCUGCAUACUGAUAUCCAGUUAUGUUCAAGCCGCUGAUCAAUUCAAGCCAAAAGUUGUAAGAACUGAAUCAAGAGAUUGGUUUGCUAUAUAUCCAUUUGAUGAUAGUACAGUACUUUUAAAGAAUGAGGAUACUUUAUUGUCUAUAUCCGAUAAUAAUGGUGAAACAUGGAGAGCAGUAGAGGGUAUUAAUGACGCCAUGUGGUGUUAUGUUGAUAAACAAUACCCCAAAACUAGAGCUUUUGUAAGCUCAAAAGUUGGUAAUAAGAUUUAUAUGACUGAAGAUCAAGGGAAAACUUGGACUACUGUAAAAAUAAAUGCAAAAGAAUAUUCAAAUGGCGGUAAAUCUGAGUUAAACUGUGACCUGGUUUCUCAUCCAACUAAACCAGAAAUACUCUUAGCAGAAUGCUAUGUUUGUGAUUAUGACCAGGGACAAUCUAGUGAAAACAUCACAAAGAGAUCUAUAUCAUCUCUAUUAGAUAAUGUUUUAAACAGCAUUACUAGAGAUCCAACUUGUCGUGAUGAGGUUUUCAUAAGUACGAACUCAGGCAAGGAUUUUACAAAAUUGAAUAUUGAUUUGAAAGAAUCUGAGGAAAGCAACCUAUUAUUUACGGAACUGGAUUGUGAGUUUGCCAUAGCAACUAAGCAAUCUAAAAAUAUCGAUGAAGAUUCCACUAUAUAUUGUAUCAGGAAACAUUUCUAUGGUCAUGAAUCUAAUGAUGAAAACGAAACGAGGUAUUUGGUAUCUAGUUUUGUAAAGACAUCUAAUUGGGGAAAAACAUUCGAAGAACUUCCAGAGCUUAAAGGUUAUUUAGUUAAUUAUUUUGAAGCUUUCGAUUCUCAACUUUUAGUUAUAACUCAAGAUGAUGCAUACAAUAGACAUUCGACACAGAAAGUCUGGAUAUCAAAAGAUUUCAAAACCUUUAAAGAAGCACAUAUUCCAACGCAAUUAAGAUUUAUGAUAAAUGGCUUAAUCUCUGAAGACUCAGUUGGUAGACUAACUAUGCCAAUUUUGAGAUCAAUUCAUGAUAAAAAGGAUUCAAGUGAUAAAAAUGAAGAUAACAAAAAAAUGCACCAUACUGGCAACAUCGUCUCAGAUAUUUUAAUAUCUGACUCAAGAGGUACAAAAUUCACGUUCGUUGAAUGGAUGAAUAGUGAUGACAUAUUUUCGAGAGAAAUAAGUUCUUUCAAGUCUUUAAAAGGAACCCUUUUUGGAUAUACACAAGAAUAUCCCAAUUAUGGAAACGAAGGAUCGGACUUUAAAGUGAGACUUAAAUCCAAGGUUUCUGUUGAUAACGGCAAUACAUGGUCCAAUUUGAAGAUUGUUGACCCAGAGAAUAAGUCUAAAUAUUCAUGUAAUAUCGACAUUCCUGAGAGCUGUUCUUUGAAUAUUAUGUCGAUGUUUGGCAAUACCAAGUUUAUGACCGCUGGUAUUAUGAUGGUCAAUGGUGCUGUUUCCGAUGGAGGUCGUUCAUCUUGGAGCGAACUAAAUACCUUCAUAUCUAGAGAUGGUGGUCUCACUUGGAAAUUAGCUUUUGAAUUCCAAACCAUAACUGCAUUUGGUGAUUAUGGGAAUGUUAUUGUUGCUGUUCCAUAUGAUCCUGAGAGUGACGACGACUCACAAUCUGAAUUUUACUAUUCGCUUGAUCAAGGUACAACAUGGACUGAAUAUCAGUUAGAAAAAACAAUUCUCCCAAUGCAACUAAUUAGCACUACGCCAGAUGGAUCUGGCCUGACAUUUAUCUUAAAUGGUUUAAAUAUGGAUAGCUCUGGUGGAAGUAGAUGGCGCUGGAAUGACAAAAAGGAGACGAAUUUUGUCUAUUCAUUAGAUUUUUCUGAUGCUUUUGAAGGAAAAGCUUGUGUAGAUAGUGACUUAGAAAAGUGGUAUAUUGCCGGUGGAAAUUGUAUCAAUGGUGCUAAAUAUAGCUUUGACAGAAGAAAGGCUGAUUCCAAAUGUUUAAUGAGAAAGCUUUAUGAGGAUCUGGCAUAUACAGAAGAAAUUUGCGAAAAAUGUUCUGAUGAUGACUAUGAAUGCUCGUACGAAUUUGUUAAAGAUAGCAGUGGAAAAUGUGUUGCUGAUUUUGAAUUAUUGAGUUUAUCUGGCUCCUGUGCUAAAGCUAAAAAUGGAAAAAUAAGUCUAAAGCCAAAACAGCGCAUUGUCAAUACUCUAUGUAAGGUUGAUAUGAAAAUUGAAGACGUUUUAGUCCCAUGUACUGAAGUUGAUUCCCCAGAAAACCCAGAUAAUAUUAUAACUGUAUCUGAAAACAAGUUUGACAGUGCUUUACUGACCUACAAAUACUUCGAUACGGCUUCUGAUGAAUCCUUAUUAAUGAUGACAUUGGAUAAUGAAGUCUAUGUAUCUCAUGACGGUGGUAAGAAUAUAAAGAAGGUAAAUACUAAUAGAGAGAAAAUAGUUGAAAUUGUGUUCAAUCCUUUCUACAGUAAAGAUGCAUAUUUGUUUGGUAGAGAUGGAGGUUUAUAUAUAACUCACGAUCGAGGACAAACCUUUACUAAAUCCCAAUUACCCGAGACUAGACAAUUGGGUUUAAAGUUGGAAUUCCACGCUACAAAACAAAACACUUUUAUUUACUAUGGUGGUAAGGAUUGCGAUUCAAUGUUUAGUGAAAAAUGUCAUGCAGUAGCAUAUAUAACAACAGAUGGAGGUGAAACCUUCUCAGAAAUGCUAAAUAACGGGAUCCACUGCAAAUUUUCUGGAUCUACAUUCAAAGAUCCAUAUAAUGAAGAUCAAAUUAUUUGUCAAAUAUUAGAUUCAAGUAAUGGUAAAAAGAAAUUAGUAUCAUCUACUAACUUCUUCAAGUCUGAUUCACAGACUGAAACUCUUUUUGAAGAGGUAAUUGGCUUCAUGUCAACCGGA